CAGUCCCGCUCCAUCCUCUCCACCCUCCCCAGUCCCGCUCCAUCCCUCCCCGCAGCAGCAGCAGCAGCAGCAGCAGCCUCUCCCCGGAGAUGGAGCGCCUGUAGAAGCUGGAAGCACCAUGAGGUCUCCGCGGCUCUGCGCGGCUCUCUGCCUGCUCCUCACCGUCUCCUGCCGGCUGUGCGCGGCCGCCCGACACGGUUGUUUGUUUGAGAAGAAGCUCUGUCCCAGAGACCAGCUGUGCACCGAUGACGGUUUGUUCGGGCGGUGCCGGCCUCCUCACCAGGAGUCCGUCCAGUACCAGGUCCCCGUCCCCGUCCUGCACAACCUGCAGGAGGUGCUCAGAGCCCUGAUGGUGCGAGGUCUGACCUGGAAGGACGGCGUCACGCAGGCCGCCAUCGACCGAGAGCUGAGCCGCGUUCCCGCCGCCGGACUCCAGGAGGAGCACCUCCAGCAUCGGGCGCUGCAGCCACGCCUUCGUGACGAGCUGAAGGUGGUGUUUCCCCGGAUGUCGGGCCCCAGUCAGCGGAGGCCUCGGGGCCCCGAGGACCCGGCUGACCUCGGGAGGAUGCAGCAGUACGCGGACUACAUGAUGCUCGACCCCUCCCGGUCCUCCGUUCACAUGCAGAAGCCCCCGCUGGACCCUUCCGCCUUGCACCAGUACGGCUUCCAGGAGGAAGAGGAGCGCUCCCUCAACUCUCUGGAUGAAGAUCCAGCCUCCUCUCGCUCCGGAUCCCAAGGAAACCCUCUGGACCGAGACCGGCAGCUUCUCCGGGACUUGGUCUCUUUUUACCUCACUUCCCCUUCCUCCUCCUCCUCCUCCUCCUCCUCCUCUUCCUCUCCUGUGCAGUCCAUCUCCCGCCACAGAGGGGGGGUAACGCCAGCUGCAAGAUUCCCCUCUUCGCUGUCCUCCUCCUUCUUCCCAGAGCUCGACUUCCCGCUGGACUACGGCGAGGACUACGUUUCCCAGGAGGCUCAGCGCAGCAAGCAGGAGCAGCAGGAGAGGAAGGAGCAGCAGGCGUACGGCGAUCUGUCAGGACUGGAUGAGCGCUCCCUGCAGAGGCUCUCUCUGCUGCUCGACCAGUACGGCCUGGACCCGGAGGACCUGAAGGACCCGGAGGACCUGAAGUACUUGAAGGAUCUGAAGGACAUGCAGGACCUGAAGGACCUGAAGGACAUGCAGGACCUCAAGAGCCUAAAGGACAUGCAGGACCAGUCCCCCCAGCAGAAGCAGCUGGAGAGCUCCUACACCCUGAAACAGGCCACAGAUAAAUAUGACAACAAUGCUGCCACAAGAAAAAAGGUCACAGAGGGUUCAAUGGCGUUCAAGAUGGCCGCCCCGGAGGCUCCGCCUUUGAACAUCGUCACCAAUCACAGCGCUGUCGGACCUUCCGCCACCUUCAGGAUCAGACCCGACUCCAAGAACCUGACGACCGGAGCCGAGAAGAACUUCCCGGAGUCCGAGACGGGCCUGACGGUGCAGCAGAGCGGUGUAGGAGAGGGGCAUGAUGGGAAGUCGCUGCCCCUGGCAACGCGGAUCGAGCCCAGGCGCUCCAGCUGGGUGUUCGCCGCCCUGGUGGCCAUGGCCUGCAUGGGCAGCGUCCUGGUGGGGGCCAUGACCAUCGCCUGCCUGCGUCACCACGCCCACCGGCUGGCGGCCAAGACGCUGGGCCUGGGACCCGAGGGGGGGGGCUUCACCCACCAGGAGUACCAGGACCUGUGUCGCCAGCACACAGCCUCCAAAGGGGCCUUCGGGCGUCUGGAAGCCGCCGCCCUCGGCGCCGUGGGCGGAGCGAGCGGGGGAGCCGGGGGGGCAAAGGGAGGAGGUGCCGGCGUCGCGGGUGGAGCAGCGGGGGGCGGCGGGGCCGACUCCAGGGUGAGCAGCGUGUCGUCCCAGUUCAGCGACGGAGCCCAGCGCAGCCCGAGCUCGCACAGCAGCACGCCGUCGUGGUGCGAGGAGCCGGCCCAGGCCAACAUGGACAUCUCCACGGGUCACAUGAUACUGGCCUACAUGGAGGACCACCUGAGGAACAAGGACCGCCUGAUGAAGGAGUGGGAGGCGCUGUGCUCCUACCAGGCCGAGCCCAGCGCCGUGUCAUUGGCUCAGAGCGACGCCAACGCCAAGAAGAACCGCUGCCCCGCCUCCGUGCCCUAUGACCACGCCAGGGUGAAGCUGAGGCCGGAGAUCAACCCUUCGCGCUCCGACUACGUCAAUGACCAGCACCAUAGUGAGUACGUCACGCUGAUUGAGCACGACCCCCGGAUGCCGGCCUACAUCGCCACCCAGGGCCCCCUGUCCCACACCAUCUCUGACUUCUGGCAGAUGGUUUGGGAGAACGGCUGCACGGUGAUCGUGAUGCUGACGGCGUGGGUGAAGGACGGAGAGAAGCAGUGUGACCGCUACGGGCCCGACGAGGGCUCGUCCCUUUACCACAUUUACGAGGUGAACCUGGUCUCGGAGCACAUCUGGUGCAACGACUUCCUGGUGCGGAGCUUCUACCUGAAGAACGUGAUGACGCAGGAGACCAGGACGCUGACUCAGUUCCACUUCCUGAGCUGGCCGGCUCAGGGCAUCCCCCCCUCCACGCGCCCCCUGCUGGACUUCCGCAGGAAGGUGAACAAGUGCUACAGAGGACGCUCGUGUCCCAUCAUCGUGCACUGCAGCAACGGCACAGGCCGGACGGGGACUUACAUCCUGAUUGACAUGGUCCUCAACCGAAUGGCUAAAGGUGUGAAAGAGAUCGACAUCGCCGCGACGCUGGAGCACGUCCGGGACCAGAGGCCCGGGAUGGUCCGCACCAAGGAUCAGUUUGAGUUUGCCCUGACCGCCGUGGCUGAGGAGGUCAACGCCAUCCUCAAAGCUCUGCCCCAGUGAAACCAUUAACUCCUCUGACCUCUGACCCCUGACUGAGACACCUCUCCUGCCUUCUGCCUCCUCUCUCUGAUGAGGAUUUUCACGAUGAAAAAGUUUGAAAUUCCCUGAAAGAUAAAGAAUAAAAAUCAACUUAUGAGUUAGGAAGGAUUUAUGCGACUAAUUUGUGGUCCAGAUAUGAUGCGUUCAGGGACUUUCUGAGUCCUAAAAUGACAGAUGACCCUGAAUGCACCUCCUGCACCGAGUGAUUGACCCUAAAUGGAUCACCUGCACGGUGUGACUGACCCUGAAUGCAUCACCUGCACGGUGUGACUGACCCUGAAUGCAUCACCUGCACGGUGUGACUGACCCUGAAUGCAUCACCUGCACGGUGUGACUGACCCUGAAUGCAUCACCUGCACGGUGUGACUGACCCUGAAUGCAUCACCUGCACGGUGUGACUGACCCUGAAUGCAUCACCGAGCCACAGAGGGUUUAUACUGCCUGAAGCGAGCUUGCUUAAUACGUUCCUCUCGUCGGGGGAAGUCUGGUCACCCUGUUUGGUUCUGGUUUUUGGACAGAAAGCCCAACGAUUUAAAAAAAGAGGAUUUUAGAGGAACUGAUGUGUCGCUUCCUGCAGCAAACGGACUCCCUCGCAGCGCGUGUCUCUUCACGUGCCGCUCAGACCGUUUCAGUCUCUGGAUGUGUUGUUGUUUACUUCAUGCAAGUCACAAAAAAGAAAUAAAAAAAAGAAAAAAGAAAUGCUAUUCUCUGAAAAGAAAAGCUUUUAUCUGUGAGACAUUAAUUAAAUAUGUUCGUGUUUAUCUUCUGCAAUCA